AACAGUUGAAGACCGAGAUCAAGAAAUGGUACUACUAGGUAAAGUUGAGCAACAACGUAGUGGGAUUCUUUGGAGAAGUAAUAACAACAGCAGGCACGAAUCAUGAUCGAUAUAUGGUAAGACACAUGAAGUUGUCAUUUGAUAAUUUGUAGGAUAGUCAACUAGUAGUGUAGUGUUCCUUUUGGCCUAGUUGAAAGAGUAAAGUUUGAUUUUUUGUAGAAAGCAAAAGCAGCUAUAUACUAUACAUACAUCAAGGUGGGAAUCCUAAGCUGGACAUUGUUAACUGUAUGACUGACCUGAGAAUUGUCUCCUGUCCUACCAAAAGCAUCACUAUAUUGGGGCCACAUAGACUUCUACAAACAUCAGAUUAUAUUUCUAAUCUUACCUCUCACUCUUCUCAACUACAAUUCCUCCAAACUCAUUCUCUCUUCCAUCCAAACAACACGUUAAUUCUGACAUGGAAGACAACAAGCAAGGUUGGCUGAAUCUGGGUUUGACCUCCAUACCUGAUGAACUCAGUUCAUCAAGACCAGUUCCAGUUCCUCCUAAAAUAUUCUCAUGUAACUUUUGCAUGAGGAAGUUUUACAGUUCCCAGGCUCUAGGGGGUCAUCAGAAUGCACACAAGAGGGAAAGAGGUGCAGCAAGAAGAUUUCAAUCCAAAAGGAUGAUGUCAUUGUCAAUGAUGGAGUUGCCUGUCAACUCACUCGGUGUACAUCCCCAUUCACUGGUACACAAACCACACACUACUCAAGAUUAUGUAUUUAAGCAUUCAGAUGUAGGGGUACUUACCACUCCUUGGACUUGGAACACCGCAACAGAUGCUCUGUGGCCUGGGAGUUAUCGCGUUAAUUUGCAACACCAACCACAGGAAUCCAAGCUUGAUCUCAAUCUACGGCUCUGAUUCACUUUCAAGCCUGCUUCACAACCCAUGUUAUUAAUCAAGCAAGCAUCAACAAGACAACUUCAAGUGAACCAAUUAUGCCUCUGCAAAUUUCAAGUCCAGGUCAAUAGCUUCCCAGAUUAAGAUUCAGAGUGAUCCUAAUCUGCUAAAUACUCAUCAAUGUUCAUUGCAGAAGCUUCGACUUGAGUAUUAACAGUGUGAUGCUCAAUAAUGCUGAAUUUCUUCACUACUGUACUCCGUAGUUUAUCUUUAUAAAAUCAGCAAAUAUAAUCAACUAAUAAUGUAUAUUUAUGCAUAUGAAAAUGUCAGUUGUCUUUAAA